UACCCGACGGCGGCGGCGGCGGCGGCGGCCGUCUCUCGACCGUCCGUCGUUCGUGCUCGUUCCUGGUCGGUCAGUACCAGUCAGUACGCGUAGUCGGUACGGUGCGCGUGGUUCUCGGGGUUGGCUCGCGCAUGAAUGCACGCAAACCGUUCGCUCUCCGUCACUCUCCCCAUCUCGCGUCGUCACCCUCCUUCGCGGCGAGACGGAUCAGCUCUGCAUAGUAUGACUGACUCCCAAAUCGAGAUGCAUUACACGGAUUACACCCCGCCGACGUCGGACACCAUCCAGACGAAGCCGUUCCCGAUACGAGGUGAACGUGCGAAUUUCGUGAACAAGCCUCAUGUGAUUGCGAUGGUCGGGCUGCCGGCUCGCGGCAAGACCUACAUAUCCAAGAAGCUGUGCCGAUAUCUCAAUUGGAUCGGCAUCAACACGAAGGUCUUCAACCUGGGCGAGUACAGGCGGCACGCCACCACGGCCUAUCAAUGCCACGACUUCUUCCGUCCCGACAACAUAAAGGCCAUGGCGAUACGCACGCAGUGCGCAAAGGACGCUUUGAACGACGUGUGCCAGUGGCUGGAGAGCGGCGACGGCGAGGUGGCCGUCUUCGACGCCACCAAUUCGACGGUCGAGAGACGCCAGCUUAUACGCGACAUCGUCGUAUGCCAGAUGGGCUUCAAGCUCUUCUUCGUCGAGUCGGUGUGCAAUGAUCCGGAGAUCGUCGAGCAGAAUAUUAUGGAAGUAAAAGUCAGUAGUCCGGAUUACGCGAAUAUGAAGAAGGAGGAUGUGCUCGCGGAUUUCAUGCUGCGAAUCGAGCACUAUCAGGAGAAAUACCAGCCGUUGGACGAGGAGCGCGAAAGCGACCUGUCGUUCAUGAAAAUAUACAACACUGGCGAGAAGGUGCUGGUCCAUAAGCACGAAGGCCAUAUACAAAGUAGAAUAGUUUACUAUCUUAUGAACAUUCAUAUUGUGCCACGCACGAUUUACUUGACCAGACACGGUGAGAGCCUGAUGAACAUCGAUGGCAGGAUAGGCGGCGAUUCGGACUUGAGCGAGCGGGGACAUGAAUAUGCCAAGGCAUUAGCAGAAUAUAUCAGUAAUCAGAACAUACAGGGUUUAAGAGUUUGGACUAGCUGGCUGAAGAGAACCAUUCAGACCGCGGUUGAUGUAAAGGCACCGCAGGAAAGGUGGAAGGCUCUCAACGAAAUUGACGCCGGUAUUUGUGAAGAGAUGAGUUAUGAAGAAAUCGCCUCGAAAUAUCCUACGGACUUUGCCGCGAGAGAUCAAAACAAAUUCUCGUAUCGUUAUCCAAGAGGGGAGAGUUACGAAGAUCUCGUUGCACGACUGGAGCCCGUGAUAAUGGAGCUGGAACGUCAGGGUAACGUUUUAGUCGUCUGUCAUCAAGCGGUCAUACGGUGUUUACUCGCGUACUUCUUGGACAAAAAUGCAGAUCAAGGUCUUCCUAUUUCAGAUGAAUUACCGUACUUAGAAGUACCUUUGCAUACCAUUGUGAAAUUAACACCGGUCGCCUACGGCUGCAAGAUGGAAAAGAUUCACCUGCCGAUAGACGCCGUGGACACUCAUCGGCCGAAACCAAAGAUCCCGGGAUAUCUAGACGAGCAAUUCCGAGGGAAGGGGAAGCUACUACGCACGUGAUAACAACGAAUUUCGUAAAGCACGACGCAGCUAUUCCCUACCGUUGAUAUACCGAGACACUGAAGCAGCAUAGAUUCGGCAGCUGGCUGCCGCCCGCCCCUUCUCGCGUACGUGAAUCAGCGCGCAUCCGAGCCCUUUUCUUCCUACACGUGUCAAAAAGCGAGCUAGAGACGAAGCGCGAUCGACGGUGUGCCCUAUGAAAAGCCCAUAGGGCACGAGUGGAAGAUCCUCCGCGACGACGCAGGUUCCGUGCGACGAUCGCAUACACGCUGCGGCGCGUGUGUUUUGUGAUUUUUAUAUUUUUUGAUUGGCGUUUAGGUAGGUAGCGAGAAGAACAUAUUGUGAUACAGGGAUGAUCGUCGACGAGAAGAGCCUGAUGAACGUGUGUAUAACGCGUUUUUUAGACGACAAGAUUGAUUUUUCUAGACAAGCGUAUGGACUCGCGCGUGUGUCCUUCGACCAGUGCGCGCCUUGAAGUAUUUGCUUCUUGCCGGAGAAAAGUAUAUUGUCUGACAGACAAUAUACUUACACGAUGUUUACAUGUGGUUCCACAACAGAAUCCUAUGUAUCCCUUUCUCGUUCGGCAGAUACUUCGAAGCGCUCUCGCGAAUCUGAAAGCAGAUUUUUCUUCUCUUUUUUUUUUUACAUCCAUAUUUCAAACAUCUUGAAAAUUGUCGGAUGCUUAGAGACUUCCAGGAGGCGGAUCCAAGUAUCGUAAAAUUGUGACGUUGAUAAUAAUACACUCGACUACGUAAAGGUAUUCGAGACAUAUAGUACAAUACCUUAGAUUGUGCGAUAAAUACUUCCGAUUCAAGCUAACGAACACGUUACAAUUCAGUCCGUUGUCUAACAUAUACGUUGCGAUCUUGUAUAUUAAGUAGCUGAAUUACGGAUUUCGAUUAUGGAUAUGUAUCUCGCUCGAUGAGAAACAUAUAUAUAAUAAAUAACACAUGCAAUUUUA